AUGCUUCAUACUAUCCAACCGAAACCGUCACAGUAUUGCGGGACACAUUUACCGAGGAUGGUGCCGAUCGCUCCUGCUCCUGAGAAGAACUAUAUGGAUACGCAAACUGAAAUUCGAAGAUACACGAGUAAAAGCAACCCGUAUACUGGAGCGCAAGCGGCUUCGAUCGCCAGAAGAAACGCUCGCGAAAGAAACCGUGUGAAGCAAGUGAAUGACGGAUUCAACGCGCUGAGGAAGAGACUGCCUGCUGCGGUGAUAGCUGCUCUAUCCGGCGGCUCCAGACGAGGAUCCGGCAAGAAACUAAGCAAAGUGGACACUUUAAAAAUGGUCGUAGAAUACAUUAAAUACCUGCAAAACAUAAUUGAAGAAAGCGAUGCGGCUCUAGGAAUUACGCACGAAAAUAAACAAAUCGCGUCUUACGAAGUUGAUGAAGGUGUCUUCGGGGGUCAAUCUCCUUAUUCUGAAUCAGUGCCAUCACCUGCAGGCUCCGAGUGCUCAUCUGGAGUAUCAUCAGCGUACUCUAACAGCGGCUACUAUCCAAACUAUCAAGUCAGUGAACAAAAGUUAAGUCCAAUGGAAGAAUAUGAACUUUUAGACGCUAUUUCUUGGUGGCAAGAGAAGUAA